ACCGCACAGCGGCCUGAACCGAAACCUCCCGCCGGCCAUGGAGAGCACGCCGACGGGCAACGGGCAGCGCACGCGUCACGAGCACCGCGGCCUCCGCGGCCGCCUCGCCGGCAUCUUCUUCUCGCCCUCGCCCAACCCCGAGUGCUGCGAACAGGUCGCGAAGCUCAAGGAGGAGCUGCGGAAGCAGAGCGAUCUCAAGGAGACGUACAAGGCCCGGCUGGAGAACGCGCAGCAGUACCUCCGGUUCUGCCUCGAGGUCGCCCAGGAGCACGGCUUCUUGCACCUCAUGUCCAACGACGAGGAGCGCCCGCCUCACAGGAGCGUCGACGAAGACGCGGAGGCCGCGACGGCGACCGACGACGAGGACGGGGACGAAGAACCGGAGUCGAUAGAAGCGCCGCCCCGCGACCCGUACUUGGCCGCCACGAGAGACCUCGCGGUGCAGCACGGCUGGUCCGUCGCACCGGACGAGGUAACGAAUCAGCAAGAGGCAGAAGCCGUGCGUGCAUAUCGAUCGGGUUUUCUUACCGCGUGCUGUUCGUGGAGCGUGAAACAGAUCGAGCUGCACGAGACGAUAGGCCGAGGGACGACGGCGGAGAUACACCGGGCGACGUGGAGGGGGCUGGAGGUGGCGGUGAAGUGGAUCCGGCCGGAGCUCCUCCGCUCCAACCCGAGCGCCGAGGCCUUCUUCGCGCAGGAGCUGGACGUCCUCUCCCGGCAGCGGCACCCGCACGUGCUGCGGCUGAUGGGCGCGUGCCUGCGCCCGCCGGAGAGCUGCUUCCUGGUGACGGAGCUCCUCAGCGGCGCCACGCUGGCGCUCACCGGCGAAACCGUUCUUAAUCUGAGCAUCUUGUCAGGGACGUACGUGUACAUGGCGCCCGAGGUGAUCCGCUGCGAGCCGUACACGGAGAAGUGCGACGUGUACAGCUUCGGCGUGAUGCUCAACGAGCUCGUCACCGGGGAGCACCCGUACAUAGACACCAGCUACGGGCCUAGCAAGAUUGCGUUGGAGGUAGCGGAUGGAAAACUGAGGCCAAGGCUCCCGGAAGGCGACGCGGAUGCUGCUACUGGAGCCCUGGUUGAUCUCAUCUGCCGGGCGUGGUACGCGGAGCCUUCGAGGAGGCCUUCGUUUGCCGCCAUCACCGUGGCACUUCGAGGUAUCCAAGAGCAGCUGGUGUGACACGGUCGUACGUACGUGUAAUGCCCUGGCCCGUCAGUGGCCACGCAUGUGCUCUAAGCGGAGGAGUUGUACGGAUCUUUUUACCGGAGUUUUCUAAA